CUGCGCCGAUUUCAUCGCCAUCACUCUCAUCGAACUCUAUUCCAGCACCACCACCUCCAGCGAUUUUGCAUCCGUCGUCAUCGCCACGUUAUCCAACUCGAACUCGUCGAGCUCCCGAUCGUUACUCAUUUUCAUAA